GCGGGCGGCGGCGGAGGGACGCGGCCGGGCGGGAGGAGGAGCCGCCGCCGUCUGCUCGCGCCGCUGCUGCGCUGCUCGGAGGGGUGGCCGCGCCGUGCCCCCUGCCCCGCGAUGCCGCUCUUUGCCACCAACCCCUUCGACCAGGAUGUGGAGAAAGCAACCAGUGAGAUGAACACCGCAGAGGACUGGGGCCUCAUCUUGGACAUCUGCGACAAAGUUGGGCAGUCACGCACAGGGCCUAAGGACUGUCUCCGUUCUGUUAUGAAGAGAGUGAACCACAAAGAUCCCCAUGUUGCUAUGCAGGCAUUAACACUUCUAGGAGCCUGUGUAUCAAACUGUGGGAAAAUCUUCCAUUUAGAAGUCUGUUCAAGAGAUUUUGCCAGUGAAGUAAGCAAUGUGUUGAAUAAGGGUCAUCCAAAGGUUUGCGAAAAGCUGAAAGCCCUCAUGGUGGAAUGGACUGAUGAAUUCAAGAAUGACCCACAGCUUAGUUUAAUAUCUGCUAUGAUUAAAAACCUGAAGGAGCAAGGAGUUACUUUCCCAGCUGUUGGUUCCCAGGCUGCAGAACAGGCAAAAGCAAGUCCAGCUCUGAUUGCCAAAGAUCCUGGUACAGUGGCCAACAAAAAGGAAGAGGAGGAUUUAGCUAAAGCUAUUGAACUGUCGCUGAAAGAGCAAAGGCAGCAGCAAACAGCUCUUUCCAGUCUGUACCCAAGCACCUCAAGCCUGCUCACCAAUCACAAGCAUGAAGGCAGGAAGGUUCGUGCCAUCUAUGACUUUGAGGCUGCCGAAGAUAACGAGCUGACCUUUAAAGCAGGAGAGCUCAUAACUAUCCUUGAUGACAGUGAUCCUAAUUGGUGGAAAGGUGAAACUCAUCAGGGAGUAGGAUUGUUCCCAUCAAAUUUUGUAACAGCUGAUCUUUCUGCCGAGCCGGAAAUGAUGAAAGCUGAGAAGAAAACGGUGCAGUUCAGUGAUGAAGUACAAGUGGAGACAAUAGAACCUGAACCUGAGCCAGUUUAUAUUGAUGAAGAUAAAAUGGACCAGCUCUUGCAGAUGUUACAAAGCGCAGAUCCAUCAGAUGACCAGCCAGAUGUCCCAGAGCUGCUUCAUCUUGAGGCAAUAUGCCACCAGAUGGGACCUCUCAUAGAUGAGAAGUUGGAAGAUAUAGAUAGGAAACAUUCAGAACUCUCAGAGCUCAACGUUAAAGCAAUGGAGGCUCUGUCGUUGUAUAACAAACUGAUGAAUGAAGACCCGAUGUGCUCCAUGUAUGCAAAGCUGCAGAACCAACAGUACUACCUGCAGCCAGCUGGUGCUUCUGGCUCUCAGGUUUAUGCAGGGCAACCUCAAAGCAGUGCUUACUUGGUGGCAGGGAGUGCACAGCUGGGCCAUGUUCCGGGCUACAGCCUUCCUCCUGAACAGCUCUCUUCUCACAGCCAAGGCACAGGGACUCCAUCUGCCAGCUCAGUGCUGCCUGCUCAGCCUGCACAGACGUCCUACACAAAUGCCAUGGGUGGCUCCGUUGCUGGACACACUUACUCUAACCAGGCCUCAGUGUACAGCCCACCACCUCCUGCUGUUGAUGUUGCUGCUUAUCAGAAUGCUGGAACUAAUCUGUCCCAGGUGCCAAACUAUAGCUCAGCAUCUACAGCUCUGCCACAGCCAGCAGGCAGCCAGCAACCACCUCCACAACAACCACAGCCUCUGCCACCUCAACAACCCCAGCAGAGUUACUCACAGAAGGCUUUGCUAUAGGAUCCAGGACUUCCUAUUCCUCAUCUUCCCUAAGCUCUGCUAAAGGCAGUUGGCAGUUGUAUGAGUUUCUUCCUUUAAUCUCUUCGACCUUCUUUACCCUCAGCUUACUAAGAAUCCAUCCUGGUGAACAAGUUCAAUUUGCACUGACAUUUUAGGGUUUGUGUUUGUUUGGUUUUUAAUGUUGCAGAGGAACAUACCUAUUUGGGACAUUUGAUUCCUUUGCCUAGAAAUUGGUAGAUGAUGAUUUAUGUCUGGUAAAAUUGUCUGCUCUGUGAGAACUCAACACUUGCAAACUCUUGUGGCAUUUGUGUUGUGUCCCUGGGGCGUGGGACUGCCCUAGUGGCUGCUUCCUAGAGCCGCGGUGAUCACGGGAAUGUAUUUCACACGAGGUUUCAAGAGAAUCGACUACUUUUGUUUGAAGGAGGAUCUGACAACCAUGUUUCAGGGUUUUGCCUAGUUUUGUGACAGUUGUGAUGUCUUUUUCCGAGGCAGAAGGAGCAGUAAUUCUGCACAUCAUGGUUACACUUACAAGCUAAAGGUCUGUCUAUGAAUUUACAAACUGAUUGGAAUCUAGGUUGGGUUCCCAGAUAUCUCCUGACCAUUAGAUGGCUUCUCUACCAAAGGACUAGAUGACUACGAAGUGAUCUGGGGGGAUAACAGCAAAUUGUGAUUCCUUAAACUGUUAUUCAGAGGCUGCUAAACAUAUCAUGGGACCAUGCAAGAGGUCAGGAUCUUGCAUUUCAUCUUGAGAGGCAGGGAAUCUAUUCUUUCCAAGUUGUUUUGCACAAGGAGCACCAGAACUGUUCUCUCUGUGGAGCUUACACCAAGGACAGAGGAAGUGAGAUGGGAGAGAAGUGAUGGAGUUUGGAAGUGGAACACGCACCAUGAAUAGCACUACUUUAGUCAGUCCUCUUCAUUAGAGCAUGGAGAGUUUUAGACACUGAGAUCACUUUGCUGAACGAACCUUCAGGGCUUUCUUUUCUCUUGUGGCCUUGCUUAGCAAUUUGUUCUGUUUGCUCUUCUUACACAAACACUUCUGCCUUAAGCUUCUGUUCUAGCUUCUACCCUCUGUGCUGCUCAGCCCUUCCACAGUCUGAAUAGUUUACAAGGCAUCUUCUUUGCAUUCCCUCCCAGGUUGCUUUGAAUUCUCUUCUGCAGCAACCCGUGGUAGUCUUUUCCAAACCCUUGCAUGCCACAGGGAUGUAGCCAAGUGGCUCUUUAAGGUGUGGAAUUUUCCUCUGUGUCCGAGAUGCUGAAAAGGAAGAUGGUGAGGGAAGGCAGCUUGAGCAGAGCUCCUUCUGCAAAGGCUGCUAUUGCUUUGCAGUUGUAUUCAUGCUGUUGAUGCUUCCUGCUUUCCUCUGAUCUUCUCCAGACACUGCUUCCUCCCAGAGCAAUCCUAGAUGGCUUCACCAUCAGGUCUGUGUUUGCAGCCUUGUUGGGGCCUGUGUCAGAGAUUGUUUGCUUUUGUGUAGUGCACUGCAGUGUGAUAUUUCUGGAAUGAAGUCCUGCAGCUGUACCCUGCAGAAUAAGCUGGCCUCAGCUGUCCCACACACUCCCGUGUCUGGCCACAGACCUACCAUGCCUUUGUCUCACAGGUGUUUGCCUGGCAGUGCUUCCUGAUGACUGCUUCCCAUACUUCUAACUAGGCUGGUUGCAAAAGGUGCCCACAGCUGAUGUGUUCCAGGUAGGGACGUGGAGCCAGCUGGCUGCUUGCUUAGGAGUUUUAAUAGUGGGUUUUCACAUGUUGCUCUUCUCAAGAACUCUUCAGCACUCCCUCAAACUGUCCUUACUUCAGCACUUGGUGUCAGCACAAAAUUCUGUGCAGUGGGAAGGGAAAUACUGAAAAUAAAUAACAAAAAUCCCCAAGAUCUUGUGUCAGGUCGUUGUUGGCAGAUUGACGAGGUGAUUUCCCUACCCAGGGGCAUGUUGCAGCAUUUGGAUAGUGCUCUGUGUAGCCCUUAGGUACCUCACUCCCAAAUCAGAGAAGCAAGGUGUGUGCCAUGUGGCAUUGGCAACAGAGGGAGGAGAACUUACUUAGACCCUGAUUGAAGGAGGAGCUUGGAGCAUCACAAUAGGCCCGCUGGUACUAACUGGCGCAGUUCUUAGGUUUUCACAUGUUCCCUGGUAAGGGCCUGUGGAAGCCCUACUAGAAGUGACUCAGCCAAUGCACCUUUUGUUACUCCUUUGUCUUUGGUUUUACAGUGUGUGCAGUUUUCUUGCCUUAAGAAUGCUUGUUCCUGGUUUCUGCUCUGAACACUGAAAACUUACCUGCAGCUGACCUUUCUCUGCUUUCCAACUGACUUAUUUUGGGAAUUUAUCCAUCUCUAAGAGAAGGAAGGUCACCUUCCCUUUCUGUUCAUCAGGACCAAACCCCACUUGCUAAAAUGCAGAGGCACCAUAAAUCUAGUAAAUAAAAACAGGGCAGAAAAAGGUGCACAGCUUCUGUUUUCCUUCAUGCCUGCUCUGAGUUCUCUCCUGUUAGAAAUGGUCAGAUUUAGUGCACUUGAAAUCAGUUUUCAUUGUCCACAGCUGGUGCAGUAGAUCACUGGAUGUGCUCGGGUCAGUCCUAGCAUUCCUCUUGUAUCCUGUGUUUCCCUGAACAGGUGCACUGUUCAGAUGAAAUCAAGUUUGGACCUGGAUUGCUUCAUGAUGGUUUUGUUUUCAUUUACCAGCAAAGAUUGUCUUCUCACUUGAUUGUGUCUCAUAUGUCAGCUACUUUGUAUAUAUAGUGAUGCCUCCUGCUACCUUGGCAGAGCUGUCACUGCACUAAUUCCUUCACUCAUCCUUUUGUGCCCUCCCUAUGGUUAUUAGCAAUUGCAUUUCAGUUCAGCUCCUCUCUGCUGUCAUGAACCUGGAGAUGCCAUUGCUGGGGCUUGUCUGCUGUGAUUUAUCCUCAGAUCCCUUCUUGUAGGUUGUUUUGGCCCAGUCCAUGUGUGCUCUGUCUGACUGUGGUAUUGGGCACUGACACACUGUGGGGAGAGAAGUGUAGAAAAGCUUUUCAGCAGCUAUCAGCAAGCAAACCUGUUGGAAAGUCCAGAAUCCCUGUGGGUGGGUGGUUGAUCGGUUGAUCACGUUCCAAUAGAAGGCCUAAUGGUGAAUGGCUUCUGUACUGUCAAUUGUCAAUGGAAUGCUGCAGUGUUUUGAUAAUCUUUUGUAUAACUCUUUGCUGUGUAACCCUCUCAUUAUGGGAUACAAAAAUGGUAAUGAACUUCAGAA